UAAUCCAUAAUCAGCCGUGUCUUCCAACAUCAACAGGCAGUUUAACUACUUUAUCUUUAACCGUUUCUAUUGUAACAAUAUUCGUACUUUUAAUUUGCAUUUGACAAGCUCAUCAAUGCAUCCACAUAAUAGAAUGAUAAUAGCCAUGAUUACUCUCAAUCCGAAUAUGGACAAUAACAUGACUACUGUGACCCUAUGAACUCAUCUUCUUAGUUAUUGAACUAGAAGAGAAUACAUUUUGCUUUGUUUUUCAAAACAUUUUCUUUUAAUAAACGAUAACCGAUUACGGAUCAUUUAAGAGUCAAAAGAUAUGAAUUACUUGUCUUCGGAAGAAUAUUUGCCAGAUUUUAUUGUGAAAUUAUAUACCAUUCAAUAGAGAAUUAAUUUCUAAACAAAGUUAUCUGAAUAUGGCUUAAAGUUAAAAUCAAAAAAUUCUAAUUUGAUUUGACGCCGAUAGCAUAGUUUCUCUUAAUAGCUUUCCUUCAGCAAUGGGAUAACAAAAAUCUAAAGAAUAUACUUCCCAUCGUCCUCGAAUACUCUCUUCUGAUAUUCUUCUUUCGAUGACCACUCUCUUGUACGUACAUUCGAACAUUUAUGUGCUGAUUGAAAUAUGAUCGAUAAAAUUGGUGUAAUAUCAUGAAUUACCUAUCGAAAUAGAUCGUUCUAUGUGCGAUAUUGAAUACUUGUACACAAAUUCAGUAAGUUACAUCAAUAACGAAAAAUGUUCAAACAUGACAAUAUCAUAUUAUUUAAUGAGUUAUGAAUCAAUGUACUUUUGUUUACAAAUUAAUUUCUUGUAAAUGCAAUGGUUGAAAAAAAAUUGCCAAACCAUUAAAAUAACUAAAUAUGGUCUCAUUUAACACAUUACUUUUGUUACCUAUUUUAUUCCUUGUAAAAUACUGCAUAUACUUCUAGUAGCCUAUAUUCAAUAUGAGAAUAAAUCUCAUCUGUAUUUCGAAUAACCAAUAUAACUAUUAUUAUUUUAUAUAUUUAUUUGAAUGACAAUGUCGUCCAUUAUUUAUUUAUUCAUUUUCAUUUUCUUUAUUGUUCAAAUUUCUAGUGAAUUAUCUCGUAUUCACAUUGAUCUAAAUACUCAACAUUUUAUUGAUGAAUAUGGUCGUAUAUUUCAUGGUGUUAAUGUUGUUUAUAAAAUUUCAUCUUAUUUACCAAAUUUAACUCAUUUUGAUCCAUAA